GAGUUGGUUAACACUCUUCGUCCGGCAGGCAGACCAUCUGUUGUGUUAUGUUCGGAGCGUUGUAUUCACUUCAAACGUCAUGUAGAGGUGCGAAUUCAAGGUUUUUCGUGUUUUGCGUUGUGUUAUAUCAGGAAGGAUAACUAGCGAGUUUUCCGUUGUAAUGAAAGCUACUUGGGAGGAGUAUGUUACCAAGAAUAUCACGAAAACUAACGAGGAUAGUUUUGGCGGUGAUACUAAUUCUUUCCGCUGUGCUGAUAAUUUCCGACUUGAAUAGAAGAAGAAACUAUGACCAGAAGAACGAGAAGAUUCAUCCGAAGCAUAUUUUUAGGGAAAAUCAGGAGGAAUACAUCGAUAAGCAUGGCAUCAAAGUGGUCGUGGGUCAUUACAUUGGCAACGAUCUCAAGAAUGUACCAAAUGCGACCUUUGAAAUUAUGAACACGAAUUUUUUCAAUCCAAAAAAGGAUGCUGGUAAAAAUGGAAAUCCUGUGUUUGUAGAACCAAAAGACUUGAUUCGUAGUCAACAGCUGUACAAUAUUAAUAAGUUUAAUUUAUUAGUUAGUGAUAGUAUUCCAUUGAACAGAAGUCUGCCAGAUAUGAGAAGAAAAAAAUGCGCUCAUAUAUUCAAUGAGUGUAAAGACUGCCCAAAAACUAGUAUUAUAAUUGUCUUCCACAAUGAAGCUUGGUCGACUUUAUUGCGUACUGUAUGGAGUGUCAUCAAUAGAUCACCUCAAGAACUGCUGAAAGAAAUUAUUUUAGUGGACGACGCUAGUCAAAGAGAUUUCCUGAAGAAGCCACUUGAAGAUUAUGCAGUGAGUCUUCCUAUAACUACCAAAAUACUCAGAAUUCCAGAACGUGUAGGACUUAUCAAAGCCAGACUCAAAGGUGCAGCUGAAGCAACUGGAGAUGUACUAACCUUCCUAGACGCACAUUGUGAGUGCACCAAAGGUUGGCUUGAACCCUUACUCACAGUAAUAAGAGAUGACCGAAAAUCUGUAGUAUGUCCAAUCAUCGACAUCAUCAACGAUCAAACUUUCGCCUACGUGAAGAGCUUUGAACUCCACUGGGGUGCUUUCAACUGGAACCUUCAAUUCAGGUGGUACACUCUUGGAGGUAACCAACUCAAUAGGAGGAAAUUGGAUCCUACUUUACCAUUUGAUACUCCUGCAAUGGCUGGAGGUCUCUUUGCUAUAGACCGGAAAUAUUUCUAUGAAAUAGGGUCUUAUGAUGAAGGUAUGACGAUAUGGGGUGGAGAAAACCUUGAACUUUCAUUUAGGGUAUGGAUGUGUGGUGGCAAAGUUGAAAUAGCGCCUUGUUCUCGAGUUGGUCAUGUCUUUCGCAAAGCAUCACCUUAUACCUUUCCAGGAGGUAUUGGAAGAACCCUAUAUGCGAAUCUGGCAAGGGUUGCCUUGGUUUGGUUGGACGAAUGGACCGACUUCUUCUUCAGGUUUAACGAUGCUUCUUAUAGGGUUAAAAACGAUCAGAAUGUUACAAGCAGGCUGCAACUGAAGAAAGACUUGAAGUGCAAGAGUUUCGAGUGGUACUUGGAGAAUGUUUGGCCCCAACAUUUCUUCCCGUCCAAAGAUAGAUUCUUCGGACAAAUCAGAAAUGUGGCAACUGAUUGGUGUUUGAUAAAACCAGAUACAAAAGGCAUUUCUAAUCAGCCAGUUGGUUUGGCUACUGUUGAGCCUUGUCUGCGUAAGAAUGUUACUCUGGAGAUGUUUGUGAUGACGAAGGAUGGGUUCAUUAUGACAGAUGACUCGAUAUGUUUGGAUGCCCCUGAAGCAAAUACUACCACUUCUGGUAAGGUGAGGAUUAUGGCUUGUAAUGGGGCAUCAAGGCAGAAAUGGAUGUAUGUAAAAGAGACUAAAGAAUUAAGGCACGUGACAAACCAAAAGUGUUUAGAUGUACCAGAUACAUCAAAAUCUGCGGAUGCUCUUGUGAUACAAGAUUGUAAUGGAGAAAAUUCACAAAAAUGGAAUUUAGAUGCUGUGAAGUGGACGAAUAAGUACUAAAUUCACAAACUAAUUAUUUAUUAUAUUUAUUGAAUUGUAAUUUAUUGUUUUCGAUUCCUAUUUUUCAUUCUGUGAUAAGUAAAUACAAAUAUAAAAUUGUCAAUUAAGAUAGA